UUGUCGAACCGAAGUAUAAAGAACGGAGUUCCAAUUUGCCACUAUGAUUUGAAGUCACGCCUUUCAGCUACUGUCUGUAUUUGGUACAAACAUCUGACGUGAUGUUCAAAAUGCCAAAUUGGCAUACACUAAUAUGGUCGAUAUCAAUGAAGAAAGUCUUUUUUCCUAAAGGAAAUAGCGAAGGUAAAACGCAAUUCACGAAUAACCAUCUUUGCUGGUUGUUACUGGCAUAUGUGUAUCAGAAAUUUGUAACUCAUUUUCUUACUAAUAAACGUACCUCUGUUUUAGGAGUAUUUGGUUUAUUUAUUCCUGGUUGCUUGAAUAAGUAACAGUCGAUGGUUUACCGUCCUCUGUAGUUUUAUAUUGAUUUGAUUGAUAACUGUCCACAGGAAUUAUGAACUCAUUAGGUCUACAGACAUAUGUGGAAUUGUUCCAUUUUCCAUCAUUGGCUCAGUCGAAUGUUUUCAACCUAACUUUUCUGAAGUCUGAUGCUGCAAAACGAUCAAAAACUAGUCGAAAAACGUACGACAUACUGGUCGCAUUUUUCCGUCCAGUAAGCGAUCCACUAGCCAGCAAAUAUUCCUUUAGUAUACACCAUUUCGAUGUAGAAGACAAAAUUAUUCAGCCACUAACUAAAACCAUUGAUUUUGCCUAUUUACCAGGUGCCUCAGACAUAGUUUGCAUUAAUGCAUUACAUGACGAAAUAACUGACGAAUACUUCGUUGCUAUUGGCUUUGUAAAGGAAGGCGAAAAAGGAUACCUUAAUAUAUACAGAUCUAAAUCAGAAGAAAAGCUAUCGGAAAAUUGCUUGAGUUAUUCCAAGUUACCUUGUGUUCCUCUUCAUUUGACUCAUGCACACUGUCUCAUCAAAGAUGAACAUCAGUGGGCAUUCUUUUUGUCUUAUGGUGAACCUUUUAGCGAAACUUCCAGUCAACACAAGCCUUCCAAUCAACCACAAGUCAAAAUAUUUUCCAAACUUGUUGAUACUAAUGUUUUUGAACAAGUUGAAAUUGAUCAAGAUACAAAAAACUCUGAAUUAAAUCAGUCUCAAACCUGUCAUUCUAGUGCAGCUUAUGGUGAACUAUCAUUUAAUAUUGCUGUAGUACUUUUCCCAGAGCUAACAAAAUUGCCAACAACAUUAAUUUUCUUACAUAUGGAUUUUAAAAUUAUAAAUAAUAUACGGUUUUCAGCAUUCGGCUCACAAGAUGGGUGGUUUGGUUUAUUCGCUGUGGACAUGAAAUCUCGUAGAACUAUACGACAUUUCUAUUUAUCUCAUGAAUCACCAAUCACAUCCAUUAAAAUAUUUCAACAGUUUAAUGGGUUUGAUUCGGCUUCAGAAGAAGUGAUCAAAGAUAAUGAAAAUGUGUCUAUUCUCAAGAAAGAUGUUAACUGUUUAGUGUGUUCAGCUUUUGAACCAACUGUUGUUUAUUGUAAUAUCUUCAAAAAUAAUGGCUUCAGUGUACAGAAUCAGUUAAUUUUACCAUUUAGCACAGAUUUUGAUCAUGUUAAUUGUGCUUCAGUCGAUGAUUUUAAUUUGGAUGGUAAAACGGAAAUUAUACUUGGAACAUUUGGACAACGAUUACUUUAUUAUGAAUGGGAGUUGAAUAAUACAGAUCCAAAAAAUGGACAAUUCAUAUUAAAAUUUCAACGUUCACUUCCUGGUCCAGUAUUUUGUAUAUCUCCCGCUUUAGAUCUAAUCGGUGAAGGUCCUCUAUCAUUAGCAGUUCUAACUAGUCGUGGACUACAUAUAUUUCAACAUGAUACAUAUUGUUUAAUAAAAGAAAUUCAUCAUAGAUUAGACAAUCAUUCACCUUUAAUACUUAAUUUGUAAAUUACUUUUUAUUAUUUGUGAUUAUUUGCUUAUAUAUAUAUAUAUAUAUAUAUAUAUAUAUAUAUAUAUAUAUAUAUAUAUAUAUAUAUAACGGCCGUUUCGUUCUAGUGUGGGACUCCUCAGUAGUCCUCAUGCACGACCUCGCAUGCUGGACUCGAACAUGAGGAGUCCCAUACUAGGACGAAACGGCCGCCCUGUGCAUCCAGGUUUUCAUUGUGAAAAUUAGAACAACACAUGUAAUCAAACAAUUGCUUUCAAUUAGAUCAUCAUUAAGCUUUACUGUAAUAUACAUGAAUAUUUAUAUGAAAUUGUUAAACUAAUCAAGGCAAUUUGAGCCAAUAAUCACAAUAAAAAAAGGGUUAAAUGUGUACAGAAAAAAUUCAUGAACCCCCUAUCCCUUCUAUGGCCAGUUGUAACUUAACAAACGACAUUAUUUUAUUUUAUUUUUGUUAUCAUUAACAUAAUUUUCACAUUUGGUAUUUGAUUGUAAUUUUCCGCCUCUUUCCGUUUGUAUCCUUCACUAUCUACUUAUUUAUAUACUUCUUAUUACGUAAUGGUUUUAAUGUGUUGUGAUGAUUAUUCGAAGUAUAUUCACCUAAGUUUGACAUUCUAUUUCCAAUGUUUAACUAUUGAUAAGACUUUUGUUUUCGUGUUUUAUUAUUCUUACUACUAUCAGUACACCUACCUUCCUUUUAUCAACUUGUACUUUUACCUAUUAUGCUUGGUGACUUGUUCUAUUUCAUUGUGAUUUUUGACCUUAAUUACCUUGGUUGAUUUAACAUUUCCGUAUGAAUAUUCAUGUAUAUUAGAAUAAAGCCUGGUGACGAUCUAAUUGAAAACAAUUGUUCGCUUAUAUGUGUUCUAUAUAUAUACUGCUACCCCGGAGCUAUCCUGUUCGAGUUUCGAUUCAUCUAGACUUAGCUUUUUUGAGCAUCACUGAAUUUCCAGUUGCAAUCUACUGAAAAACUGAUUUCACAUUUGUACAUUUCUUAAUUGUUCAUUUAAUUUUUUUGUCAACUCCUAUUUUUAAAUAAUUGAACUAAAGAAAAAACAGAUUUUGAGUAGAAAGAUCUAAAAAGGAAAACAUUUUAACUGUUGUAUGUCCAUUGUUUUUGUAAAUAGUCAAUACCACCUCCAAUCUAUCUUUGUCCAUAGACUUUAAAACAUGUACUAAAUCCUAAUAUUGUGAAGUUAUAUAAUCAUUUCCUUCUUGAUAAAUACAUAACAUCUCUCUUUUCUAUA